AUGAGAGAAGAUAGGGAUAACCCUCUGGCCCUGUUGUCCAAGAGGUCAUGCCAGAACCAGACGGACUACAGACAAGAGCUGGAGAGGCUGCAGGCCGACUUGGAGGCAGAGAAGAUCCAAACACUGUGGGCCUGCGGGCAGCUCGGCGUGGAGCUUCGGAGCCUGCGAAGAGAGGCAGAGCGGGAACAUAAGAGGACCGUGAGGGAGCUGUCAGCCAGGCGUUUUUGCUUAAAGGACCGAAACCAAAGCAGACAUCUUCUGGCCAAAGAGGGACAAAUAAAAAACAAGCUGCAGUCCUCGGGGGAAGACGGCUUUCAUCUCGGCAGUGAACAAUCAAAGCUGGAGCAGUUGCUGCUUACGCUGUAUGAAAAGAUAAAUGGGAAACGGGCAGGUUAUAAAUUUCACCACAGGCGAGAGUUCGAGCUAGAGAAAGCCAUCUUCCUCUGCCGCCUUCUAGAGGCCCAUGGGAGGCUGUUGCAGGGGACUCCAAGGUCAAGACCACCCAACUAUGUAGCCAAAAAAUCCUCAAAGAAGCUGGUCUGGGAUAACGGCUGUAAUCCCCGUCAGUCAACACCACUCCUAACCAGCUUCAGAGCACAGCUGGAAACAACAUCCCUCAGAGAUUUGCCCUCACACAACAAAAAGUGCAAACCUGAUCAGAAGAAGCUGUUCUCAAGCGGCAGGUUACAGACUGCUGGGCCAUGGACCUCCACCGAGGUCAGGGGUGUGGGUCAGAUAAACUCUCUGGAAAUGCAUCGCCCCAACAACACCAUCCGUGCAGUUCAGGAUAACCAUCCAUCCCUGUGGGAGGAGUCUUCUUCAUCAGACAAGUCGACCAAAUGCUCAAGAAGGAACAUGGAGAAUGGGACAGACUAUGGAUUGCUGGUGCGUCAGAACUCAGAACUCCUGCGAGCCCUCGACGAGCUGGAGAAGAGUUGCAACACACUGAAGGAAGAGAAUGGCCUGCUGCGAAAGAGCAGCGCCCCAGAGACUGAGGAGAAGGUCAGGCGGUUGAGGAGAAAGAACACCGAGCUGACUGUUCUCGCUAAGAGACUGGAAGAGAGAGCUCGCAAGCUACAGGAGGCCAACCUCAAAGUGGUGAAUCCUCCUUCGCUCAUCAGACCUGCUGCUGUGGAGCAGUACAAAAGAGCUUUUGCCCGCCAAAGAGCUCGUGACCUGGCCCAGCAUGCUGAUGCACUGCUCUCUAAAGACAAAGAGAUUGCUGCCCUGCAGCAGGAGUGCAGACAGCUCGAGGCACGACUCGGACCAGCUAAGGAUUUCUCUGUUCAGUCGUCUCGGGUGGAAUAUGAGAAACUCCUUAGAGAGUCUCAGAAGGAGGUGCUGCGGCUUCAGAGGCAGCUGUCUGUCACUUCGUCCAGGCAAAGGCCCGGCCUCAGGCCUGACGGCGAUGGCACAGACAAGUGUGAGGAAAACGCCAAAGAGGCAGGGCAAGAGAAGGAACGGGAGCUGAGCAGGAAGAGAAAAGAAUGUGAAAAUCUUGAGCAUGAAGUAAAGAAGCGACAGAAGCGAUGUCUGGAUUUAGAGAGCCAGCUUGAGGAUGAGCGAGGCAAAAAUGAGCAACUAAAGGAGGAGGCAGAACUCCUCAGGAGGAAGGCGCAGCUGCUCGACCAGACUCGGGCUGAGAAUGAGGAGCUGAGGGAAGAUCUCUCUGAAGUGACCGCUCAACACAAUUCAGUUCUCGAAGAGAACCAGAGACUCCGUGCCAAACUGGAGAACCUAGAGCAGGUCCUAAAGCACAUGCGAGAGGUCGCCGAGCGAAGGCAGCAGCUGGAAUUGGAACAUGAGCAGGCACUGGCUAUCCUUAAGUUCAAACAGGAUGAGAUCAAAAGGUUACAGCGGGCUCAGUUAUUUGCCAAGAGGGAACAUGAAGGAGUGGUUCAGAUGCUGGAGGACUUGACUCAGCUCGUGUUCCAGAGGGAGCUGUCGAAGGUACGAGAGCUGGAGGAGAAAUGUCGCAGUCAGAGUGAGCAGUUCGGCCUGUUGUCCCAGGAGUUGGAGAAGUUCCGGCUGCAGGCCUCCAAAGUGGACCUGGCCAGUUCCACCCUACUCAACAAUCCCAGCCUCUCAGUUCUGACCAACGGGAUGGGCCUGACUACCGAACGAGACUGCACUGGUGGCACACUGGACAUGGUGUCUCUGGGUGAAAUAGCCUUCUGGAGUCUGGAGGGAGGUGACACUCUCUCCUGCCCGGAGGGUAACGAUCCACUCGAUGUGGCCGCGGCUUUGCGCAGGGGGUCCACGCCGCACGCAGCAGGACUCUCCAGGGUUGAGCGCUCGCCCGUAACCAAGCACCGAGAGCUGCCCACCAUCAGCGUCAGCAAGUCGGGAUCUUCCUCCAAGUCGGAAACCACGCACCUCACCCCCAAAUCUGACACCCACCUCAGUCCGCACAAAUCAAGCCCGACGCAUGAGGUGGACACAGCCAGUGAAGUUGAGGAGUUGGACAUCGAUGUGGCCCCGGCACCGUACACAGCCAGCAGGGGAGCAGCAAAGCUUCAGGUUUUUAUUGCCAGAUACAGUUAUAAUCCUUAUGAUGGGCCGAAUGAUAAUCCUGAGGUGGAGCUGCCUUUGACCGCUGGGGAAUACAUCUACGUUUACGGCGACAUGGAUGAUGAUGGUUUCUAUGAAGGUGAGCUGAUGGACGGACGGAGAGGGCUGGUCCCCUCCAACUUCGUGGAACGUGUGUCAGACGAUGAUGUAAUGAGCGCGCAGCACCCAGAGACCGGGGACGUGUCGCACAACUCCCUGCUAGACAGCAGCCUGCACAGUGCCAGCCACCAGCACCACCUUCACCUGGGUGUCGGCGCCUCAGAAAGGACGGAGGCGUCGGCCGCCUCCGCCCUCUCGGAUUCGGUGUCGGCCUCUUCUGUUCCGGCCCCCCUCACCAACGGCCUGGACCUGGAUUUGGAGGAGGUGGGAGUGGACGUCGUGCCUUACCCACGGAAACUUACCCUCAUCAAGCAGCUUGCCAAGAGCAUCAUCAUCGGUUGGGACCCCCCGUUGGUGCCGGCCGGGUGGGGCAACGUGUGGAGCUACAACGUGUACGUCGACCAGGAGCUGCGGCUGAACGUGCCCUUCGGCGCUCAGACCAAAGCAGUGCUGGAGCGGCUCGACGUCAACCUCAAAGCCUACCGGGUUUCGGUCCAGAGCCUGACGGAGAAGGGCCUGUCGGACCAGCUCCGCUGCAGCAUGUUGGUCGGCCGGGACGUCUGCGUGGCGCCCACGCAGCUGCACGUGGACAGAGUUACCGCCACGUCCGCCAACCUGACCUGGCUGCCCAGCAACAGUAACUAUGUGCACAUUGUGUCCUUGAACGAUGAGGAGUGUGAGCUGGUGAAGGCUGGCUGCUACUCGCUAUGCCUCAAUAACCUCUCGCCCAGCCUGCAGUACACGGUCAAAGUGGAGGCGCGGCCGCACCGAACGCCAUGGGAGCUCCCUGCGGAGCGGCGGGAACACAGGAGCGCCACCAUCAGCUUCAGCACGCUGAUGGCAGGUCCCCCUGACGCUCCGCUGGACGUACAGCUGGAGCCCGGCCCCUCUCCCGGGAUCGCUCUCAUCAGCUGGCUGCCGGUCACCAUAGAUGCUGCUGGUACCUCUAACGGAGUCCGGGUCACUGGAUACACCAUAUAUGCGGACAAGAAGAAGGUCUUGGAAGUGGCGUCGCCGACAGCUGGAAGUGCUCUGCUAGGCCCCUCUCAGAUCCAGGCCCUCCAGGUGGCUCAGGAGCUCACUGUUCGCACCAUGUCUGCCCACGGGGAAUCCUGCGACUCUUUUCCAGUAAACGUGCCCUCCAAGCUGGCCGCCGUCAUGGCAGGCCCGACUCCGACCGCCCCAGUUGUGCCACGCCUCCCCUGCCCCUCGGUAGCCCCCAGUAACUUAUCCCCACUUCCGUCUUAUGGAAACUCUGCUGCCAAAGUCUCUGCGCUGCCCAACACUCUGCCAUCAGGCACACAGAGGCCUGGCCCCGCAGUGGAGGUUGCUGCCAACCUGCCUCAUGCUCUCCACUCACAAGAUUGUCUGUUAUCUGCCUCCUAUGUGAAAGCCUGGGCCGACCCGACUUCUGCUGCUGCCUUGACUGUGUGUGAGGCCGCCUUACCCGUGGCCUCCGCCGUUCCUCCAGUGAUUAAUGUGGCCUCCCCCAUCAACACAGCACCUCAGCCGUCUCCAGCAGCAGCGACGCUACCUCCGCCUGCUCAAGUGGAGAUUGUGGCGCCAGCGGCAGUGUUGGAUCUCCGCAGAGACACCGACAGCCCCGGGACAAUACGUCCUUUCCCAUCCAUCACAGAGUUCAUCGAGGACCCCUGUGCCAAGCUUGGGACCCCUGAGCGCGUCGCAAGUCCGCCUAAAGCCCCGAUCGUUGACCUCUUGAACCCGCAGAGCACUAAUGUCCUGCGACCACUCAGCACUUCGCCACUGGAGUCGGAGGUGGAGGAGGAACCGGAGAACACUCGGCUGGUGUCCAUUGAGGAGUUCUUGAGGCAAGACCAGGAGCCGGCUUACUCUAGUAGGCAGCAGAGUUACAGCCUGAUGGACCCUCACAGCGACUACCAUGCAGAUAACAGCCGUUCAGAUCUGUCAGAUAUCCUGGAGGAGGAGGAGGAAGAUCUUUACUCGGACCACCUUGGAGAAGCACAGGCCAGGGGGUACACAGUGGGAGCCAACAGGUCACGCAAACUGGAGACGCCGGACAGCGACGAAGACGUUCUUGAACGGAUCCUUAAGUUGCCUCCUCAGGUCCUGCAGUGCAAGCAGCUGUUCAGCAUCGCCGAGGUGACGGAGGAGGAGGAUAGCAGUCAGGAAGAGCCUUUACUCCACCGCAGCAAGCCUCGGCCAGGGUCCAUUCUUUCUAGAGACUCUGAGCAUCUCCAUUACCCGCAUCCCCCCGACCCACACAUCCCACGCCACCACCACCACUUCAACAGGGAUCCCAGAUCCCUUGCCAAAGAGCCUUCUGUCCGACAAGAACCCCUGCAGUUUAAGCCAAAGACACAGCACAGGGUGCGCUACGCUGACACGGUCGACACUGUAAAUUAUCCCGAAGACGAAAGCUUGUAUCCGAGUCCCGCUAGCAGGCGAGUCUCAGCUCGCUGUCCGCCCAAACUCACCCCCACUAUCAAAGAGAGAGCGUUGCUCAAAGGGCUAGGGGACCGCCUUAGAAGGGAGGCCAUGCUCAGGAGUCAGAUGGCUGCCGCUACCGCCGCCGUGGAGAGCCCCGACCAUGGUCCUACCCCGCCAAGACCCUACCCAGUCAGCAAGACGCUGCGGACUGUGAGGUCGCCGGUCGGCCGCAGGACAGAGAUCGACGUGGAGUACGGCACGGACAACGAAGAGCCUGCCGAGUACGGGCGCGGGGAGGUGGUGCUGGAGCAGAUGAGCUCCGAGUGGUGGGUUGAAGGGGCUCCAGCGGAGCACGGCAAACCGCCUCACCACAGAGGACUGAAGGCCGAAGCAGCGGAGCCCGGUCAGAUCCCUCCAGCUGUGGCGGGCCCAUCCAGAGGUGGCCAGGCAGAGCUCUCUUCUAGACCAAUGAGCUCGCACACCAGGCAGCACAAAGGUGAAUCUCCGAAGAUAAAAGGAGACGGCGGCGUACGCAUCUUUGUGGCGCUUUUUCCAUAUGAUCCCAUCACCAUGUCUCCUAAUCCUGAUGCUGCAGAGGAGGAGCUGCCCUUUAGCGAGGGACAGAUUAUCAAAGUUUACGGAGAGAAAGACGCGGACGGGUUUUACCGGGGGGAGUCAGGGGGCCGUCUGGGCUACGUUCCGUGUAACAUGGUGUCUGAGAUCCAGGUGGAGGACGAGGAGACCCAGCAGCAGCUACUGCAGCAGGGCUUCCUGUCCACGGCUACCUCUAUGGAGAAGAUCGGCACUCGCACAUAUGCACAGCUUCCGCGUCGCCCUGUUCCACCGCCGAAACCGAGACGAUCCAAGAAAGUGGAGUCUGCAGCGCUCUGGGAGGAGAGCAUAGACUCCUCCAGUCAAGAUCCCAGCCACAGCGCGGCUCCAGCAGCCGCAGGGAAACCGGCCUCCGGGGCUCGAAGGAUGGUCGCCGUCUUUGACUACGAUCCGCGAGAGAGCUCCCCCAACACCGACAUAGAGGCCGAGCUGACUUUCAGCGCCGGAGACACCAUACACGUGUUUGGUGACAUGGACGAAGAUGGCUUUUUCUACGGAGAGUUGAACGGACACAGAGGCUUGGUGCCCUCCAACUUCCUGCAAGCCUUCCCAGAAGAACCUCCUCCUCCAGAACCGAUCAGUGCCCAACCGGCACCAGAACCCAGGAAAGAAUUGCAGGAUACUUGCACCUCCUCUUCAGAGCCGCAAGAUUUGGUCCCCUCCGCGCUAGAAGAGGCUUUGCAUCCCCCAGCUGAACCUUCGAACCCGAACAGGAAGGAGCCGUCAGACCUGCAGCCGCAGCUGGAAGCCGCCGCGAAUCCAACCCCAGACCUGAUCCCUGCUCCCGAUCCAGCUGCAGCGGAGGUCCGCUCCUCUCCUCCGGACACCCCAGCUCCCUCAGCGUCGGCCGUGCAGGCCAAGAAGAAGAAAGGCUUUUUCUCCAAAGGCAAGAAACUGUUCAAGAAGCUGGGAUCCAGCAAGAAAGAAUGAGACUCGGAACACUCGUAUCACGUUUGAAGCACUUUUCUCUGUCUAUACUGUUGAGUCUCGUGUGGUAAUCAAUGCUGUUCGCAACUAACUGAUGCAUUAACCAUCAGUAAUUAAACUUUUGCCUUAGACCAGCGAGUGAAGAUAGAGGACUCGGCAAAGCAGAAUAUCCUCUUGCAGCAUGUACGCAUGCAUGUUGAGCUGAGCAAACUUCACAAAUGUUUAUUCUAAAUUCUUGCGCUUUAUCAAAUUGUCGCAGUUAAACGACGCAGCAAUAACAUACCAACACGUAAGAAUGAUUUAGACGUAUUUAAUGCUGAGCAGCGUCGAUUAGAAGACCAGACGUCACCCAGACUCCCAGCGACCGGGUCGGCGUUAGCUUUAGCGCUCAUCUGCUGGUGCCACCUUAUUUAUCUGGAGCCAACAGAAAGAACCAGCAAUUUUGCUCUGUUUUUCUGUUGCGGCUGUUUAAAAAUGCACUAUCCAUCCUGAUGGGGUGGAGUUAUAUUAUCUCUGUUCUCCCUCCAUGUUACUUUGUACAAAAUCGUAUUUAUUUGUAAUUGUUAGCACUGUGCGGGAAGCUAACCGGUGAGCUUAGAGCUGUCACAGGCAGCAGGGCUCUUCUGAUUGUUGAGGUUGAAUGAAUGUGAAAGCAUGUCACUAUUUCAUUUGUUUCCCUAGAAUCGAUGUGUUAGUAGCCAACAUGGGGAUUAUUGGGUCAACGUGGCCGAGUCCCACAAGAUGAAAUAAUUAUUUAGUUUCAGUUGGAGCUAGGUUCAUCAUCAGCCUCUAGAUUCUAUGUGAGCGUAGGUACAGAUGUAGAUAUAUAUUCAGGCCCUGCAGGCAUAAAAAGUCUUAAAAUAAAUUCAGCCUUUAUUGCAGUGGCACAUUCUCACAAAAAAAUAUGGAAAUCCAAGUUUUAAUUUGAGUACUUCACCUCUGUGUUGCCCAUAUGUUCUCACCCGAUUUUUAAAUAAAAUAAUCUCAAAAUGUUUAUGAUGCCUGGGCUUCUGGUAGCUUAUCAGACUCUGCAUGUGUUUGUUACAGUGGGACAUUCACAAAAGAACAACCAAUUGGUAUGUACUCAAUUUAAAACUUUUCAUUUUGAGGUCACUGCAAUAAAAUAUAUAUAUAUAUAUAUUUUUUUUUUUUUAGAGAGAGAGAGGGGCAUUUGCUUGUGUGUCUAUAAAUGAAAUCCACAGCAGAGAUGCCUUUCUCACACACACAAAAAAAAAA